GUAUUCUCCUGCGCAAAGAACAGAUUUGAGGGAGUUAGUUCUCUAGGAGAAAGAUGAAAACAAUUUUCAGUAUUAGUAAGAGAAGCUUAAUUAUACUAGUAAGUAAAGUUUGAAAAUUAGCUAAUUUGUGAAAAGUAAGGAGGAUAGAAAUUUAGAAUAAAAGAAUCAAAAGGCAAGACUUUUACAGUUCAGAAAAGAAAACCCCUAAAAGCAAACCAAAAAAACCAGCCACUCGGAGAUCCUUGAAUUGCGGUCCCGGAAGAAGCUUCGAAUCUUUCUGAGCAAAACAACUCUUUGUCUUGUCUUGUCUUGUCUUGGUCUUUAAGUAACCUAAUCUAGCCACCUACAAAAAUAAAAUUCCUCAACCAAGUCCGUUUAAUAUCUCAGAAAUGAGGUUGCUUUUUUUCUGUUUCUUGAUUCUCCUACCCUCUGGUUUCUCCACGCCCAUCGCAAUUCAUGUGCCGGACGCCCAGAGCACCGGAAUCCUGAGAGCCGGGGGGAGAUCGCUGUUGUCUCUCUCUGAGCAAGAAACAGAAUUAGCUGCUAGAACCGAUGGUACCAUUGUUUUAAGGACUAUAAACUCAAAGAGAGUAAUCUGGUCGUUUGCCUCCGGGUCUCCCAUUUACUCUUCCUAUCAGGCUCCUCCGACAUUGGAUAAUGGCAAUGAAGCUGCCUCCCGACCAAUCACUGCUUUCUUCAUUGAUUGUGGAGAUGAUUGGGAACUCUACGCGCAUGCAACCCAUUCUAAUAAAAUGAAACUUCCUGUAACUGUUGAAGAAUUUGUCAAACACAUGCCCCAUGUAUCUGAGGAAGGGGCAAUCACUGUUGGCUCUAAGAGGACAACUGUCUAUGUGGUAGAUGCUAUGACUGGAAAGCUACUGCAUGUUUAUAGGUCACCUGAUUCUCCAUCUGCGCUGGAGCCCGACAAAGAGGGCACUCCUUUAUCGGAUAACGGUAAUGGUAAUAAGGAGCUGUUGAAGUCUGCUGCUUCUAGUACUGCUCAGCGUCGAUUUCACAUCACAAGGACUGAUUACACACUGCAGUCUUUUCAUCCUAACUCAGACAAGGUUUCAUGGAGUCUAAUGGUUUCAGAAAUUGGGGCUGCUUUACUUUGCCAGGAUGUUAAAUUUACUGUGAAUUCAAGUUAUGAGUUUCCUGAAAUUGGCAAUGACUUUGGUUUGCCAUUUCCAUGUCAAUCAAAAGGUAUUGUUAUUCGAGAGCAUAAUACGACAGAAUAUACAAGCACUUCUCAUCAUGAUGAUCCGAUGCUCCCAUUGUCUUCUUCUAAUGCACCUACUUCACUGGCCAAGCUUGAUAGCACAUCAGAUGACCGUCAUAAUAGGAAAAUGCUUCUAGUGGCAGCUCCAGAGUCAAAGCUUCGAUUGCCAGACAAAGUUGAUAGAUUAUUGAACUUGUCUCAAGACAAUGAUAAUGAAACAAGUGUCCCUCAGCCUCCUUUGGAGAAUAGUGAUUCUAGAAUGUUUGGUGUACAUGAUCUGAGAACACCUCGUGCUGAUGGCAAGGCCAUUUUUGCCAAAUAUCCAGUAGUAUUUUCCUUUAUAUUUUUCAUAAUUUUGGUGGGCUUUGUCAUCAACCACGUUCUUUUGGCUAAAAGGCUUUCUGCGUUAAAAGACCAGCCUGUUGCUAAUAUAAACGUUGGAUCCUCCAACAGAAAGAAAUCUCGAAGAUCACGGAAGAUUAAUGGUUCUAUUGAGAAAAAGGAUCAGCACUCAUCAUCUGGAAGCGAGGAUGAAUUUUCACCUGUUGGUGCUGACAACAAAAAAUUGCUGGACCUUAAUAAAUUAGUUGGUAGCGUUGAUGGACGUAGAAUAGGUAAGCUAAUUGUAUUAAGCAAAGAAAUUGCAAAAGGAAGCAAUGGUACAAUUGUCCUUGAGGGAUUCUAUGAAGGCCGAGCAGUUGCUGUGAAACGUCUUGUCCAAGCUCAUCAUGAUGUUGCUUUCAAAGAAAUUCAAAAUCUCAUUGUGUCUGACCAGCAUCCGAAUAUUGUUCGAUGGUAUGGUGUGGAGUAUGAUCAAGAUUUUGUGUAUCUUGCUCUGGAGCGUUGCACUUGCAGUUUAGAUGAUUUGAUUCAAAUUUACUCAGAUACACCUGGAAACUCAGUCCUCAGCAAGGACCCAGCAACACGUGCAAUGGUUGGGCAUAAAAUUCACCUGGAUUUGGUGAAAGGUGCCAUGCAGGAUCUUAAUCUGUGGAAAGCAAAUUGCCAUCCGUCACCUCUCUUCCUAAAACUGAUGAGGGAUAUGGUUUCAGGUCUUGCUCAUUUGCAUGAUCUGGGAAUAAUUCAUCGAGACAUAAAGCCUCAAAAUGUGCUAAUAAUUAAGGAAAAAACAGUGUGUGCAAAGCUUUCUGAUAUGGGCAUUAGCAAGCGCCUUCUUGAGGAUAGGUCUUCCUUGGGUCACUAUGCUACUGGCUGUGGUAGUUCAGGUUGGCAAGCACCGGAACAACUUCUUCUUGGUCGCCAAACACGUGCAAUUGAUUUAUUUAGUUUGGGUUGUGUCCUUUUCUUCUGCAUCACUCGGGGUAAGCACCCGUUUGGCAAUCAUCUUGAACGUGAUAUCAAUGUUGUGAACAAUCGAGUGAACCUUUUUCUAGUGGAGCAUAUCCCUGAAGCUGUGGAUCUAAUAUCUUGUUUAUUGAAUCCUGAGCCUGAAUUGAGACCAAGCGCAUUGGAGGUGUUGCGUCAUCCUCUAUUUUGGAGUUGUGAGAUGAAACUGUCUUUUCUUCAAGAGACUAGUGAUAGGGUUCAAUUAGAAGAUAGGAAGGUUGACUCUGACAUCUUGAAAGCAUUGGAGAGUGUUGCACCAACGGCUCUCGGUGGAAAAUGGAAUGAGAAAAUGGAACAUGCAUUCAUUGCCAACAUUGGGUAUUACCGUCGUUAUAAGUAUGACAGUGUUCGAGAUCUGUUGCGAGUCAUGAGGAACAAAUCACAUCACUAUAGAGAGCUUCCCAUAGAAAUUCAGGAACUAGUAGGGUCGGUUCCAGAAGGGUUUUAUGGUUAUUUUGCCAGUCGAUUCCCGAGACUCUUUAUUGAAGUAUACAAAGUUGUUAGCAGGCGCUGCAGGGAAGAGGAAUGCUUCCAGAAAUACUUUUAAAGCAAUGUUAUGGUGUUUAAAGAGGUCUUUCAAAAAGUGCUACUUAUAGCUGGCAGGGCUGACAAUGUUUCUAAUAUCUCAUUCCCCGGUAGUGUAUAUAUAAUUAUGUAAAUAAUAGUAAUAAUAUGUAAUUUGUAUCUUUGUUAGUUGAUUUUUCGUUCUUUCAUUUGCAAUUUGUUAGAGGAGCUAAUGAAUUUUUACUAAAGACCCUAUGAAUAAUUUGGAACCUCUUGGUAGAGCAA